AUGACCGACAAUCCUGAGCCCAAGGGCAAAGGCAUUAGCUCGCGCUUUUCGAACAUUUUGCGUCGUUCUACUCGCUCUACCUCUGAUUUGACUGGCAUACACGAACAUGAUAUUGCUUCUGAUUACCCGACUCCCCCCCCCACUGUUCCUCUCGUCGCAAGCCCGCCGAGAAGCUCUGGCGUCGCAAACGCAGGCAUCACACUGGUCAUCAGCUCCUCACAAGAGUCAGAACAGGUUAGAGAUGCCGGCGCGGCGCUGGCGCAACUCACGGAAUAUACGUUGGACGAUGAACCCUCCUCUAGCCCUCCCAAAAUCACAUACGUUGAAGAGAAGGCCGUAUCUAGGCCAGGAUCAACCACCCCCACCCGAAACCGCACGAGACCCACCGAAAGACAAGUCACCCCCAUGGAAGACUGGGUUUUCAGCAGCCAAGAGCUACACUGGUUUAAACGCCUCGAGGCUGGAGGCUACCCCGACAACGAAGCUCUCGAACGCUGCAUCAAGUACUACACCAUCACCAACCAAGCCAUCGCCAACAUCAUCGAGAACAGACAACUAUAUGACGAUACCGACGAAGAAAAGAGCAGCACGAACGCAUUCAUUCAAAAAAUCGAAAAACUAGGCAACCAAAUCUCUUCAAUCGCCGAAACGCGCUUUACAACGGCACGGAAGCAGGACCAACAAGACGAAGAGGAAGACACAUACAUGGGCGAACCCGAACCCGGCCCGAACCAACCUAACCCCCUAACCACCGAAAUCUGCUGGGGAACCGACGCCAAACCAGGCGACACCAACACACUCAGCACUACCGAUCCCACUCAAGCCAUGCUCCAGGCGAUUUUAACCAAGAUGGGGCAGCUCGACGAUAUCAAGUCCCGACUAGACAAACUCGAAGGCAAAUCGCCGCAGUCCCGCCCCAACCGUCAACUCCUCACAAACGCGUCCAAGCUUUGCAAUGUCGCGGCAAAGGCGCCAGCCAAAGCCCCGGAGGUCAAAGCCUCUAACAUUGCCGCUGCUAUCAAGAGGGAUAUCGCCAAACCGGCGCCCGCACAGAGCGACGACAAGAAUUUGUUCAUAUUCGUGGCCAUGCGAGAAUGCCUUGAUGCCGCAAACCGCAACCUCGGCAAGGGCAGACUCACAAGAGUCCGGUGGUCACUAAAGGCAAGCCUUCACCUUUCCUUCUCCAAUAAUGUCUCCGUCACGGCGAUUGAAAACGCCAUCCCACUGCUCAUGGAUCGUCUACGACUCCCUGAGUACGAAUUCGGACCUGAGGUCCCUUGGAGCAGACUAGUCGUCACCAACGUCCCCACCGGGAUGGGCGGCUCUCUCCAACGCAUGCGCAACCGCGAGGAGCUAACUCAGCUCCUCAACGAAGCCUUCCCUGACUCCGCCAAAUUUGGCUCAGUCAAACUUACCCUCGCACCCGACUGGCUAGCAGACCCCGCGCGAUUACAAGCCGAGGGACGCCAUGCCUCCACCGUUUCGUUCGCAUUUGAAGACGCAGGAGGUCUCACCUCGGCCCGUCUAAUGAGCUCACCCAACCUGUUCAUCUACGGCAGGAAAUGCGAAAUCAGAAGUUUAACCCCAAACCCCUACUGCAAACCUGCACUAAAUGCGUUCGCUACGGACACACCGAACGUCAAUGCCGAACCAAGAAACCCCGCUGCCACAAAUGCGGACGCAACAACCACUCGACCGACGAACACAACGCAGACAACUGCCCCCGAUGCAUCCGCGAAGGCAAAGGGAACCCAUGCGAGUGCGUUUACUGCACAUCUUGCAGUCUUCACGGACACCGAUUCAACACCACCGAAUGCCCCAAAAUGUCCGAAUUCCGCCGCCCUAUCACGCAAAAUUGCAAACCGGUCAUCGGUCCGCAAUGACUGA